AUGGUGCAACAGCCGCACCUGCAGCAGGCGUCCAAUGUAACGCGCGCCACGCAAAAGUUGGAUAAGGUGGCGGCGGCGCUGCCUCCCAGCGAAACACUGGAUCGUCUCUUUACUGCAAUAACGGACUUCCGAUCGAGCAUUGAGCCCGCAUUCAAGCUCAUCGAAGACCAGAAGCAAGAUAUCGACACCUUGAAGACCGCUGCCGAGCGAAGGCUGUCCGCACUCAAGAGCGUCAACGAGAACCUUGAGAAGGAGAAGAAGGAGACUGCCAAGGCCAACCGCAGACUAGCCGACACCACCAAGAAGUUGGAUGCCGCGCUCGACUGCGCCGACCGGUCGCGUAAAUGGGCCGAGGACCUUGAAGCGGAGAAGCGCGAGGCGCAGAGGAACUGCGACGAGGCACUGCGUGCUCUCGCGGCCCGAACGGAAGCGCACGACAAGCUAGCGACGGAUAACAAGCGCUACACGGGCAUGUUGGAGAAUCAGAAGAAGACGAUUGAGCGCUAUAAGCGCGAGAAAGCCGAUCUCAAGAAGGAGAUCGCAUCCCUACGCCGCGAACGCGACGAAGCACGCUCCGAAAUGGACUCCAUGACUAUCGACGAGAGUGACCCUCGCUCGGACUUCACCUUCAUCGACGACUUCUCCGAGCUCUCUGCCCCCUCACCAUCUCACGCACGCACGUCCGCCUCCACAUCCGGACGCGCACCUAUUCCCUCAUCCACCAUCACGCGCAUAGCAUCCACCUCUCAUCACACAUCAACAUCCUCUUCUACCGCCCACACUACCCUCACCCGCAUCCCCCACCGGCCCUCCUCUCCCUCCUCUCCCUCCAUGUCCAACUACAACUCGCCCUCCAACUCCAUGUCCAUCUCCCUCACCGCCGCACCCUCCUCUCCCCCACCAUACACCCCUAUCGAGGACGACUUCGACGACUGCGCGCCUUUCCGCUCCGACUGGUCCACCAGCGGUAUGAAAGCUGGCAGCCUCGCGCGGAACUUGAGCGGCGGCUUGACGCUGGGUAUCAAGCGCAAGCUUGCGCAGAGGGAGGAGGCGGAGCGACCACCGUUUGCCAAGGUGCCGACCCUGCGAGUGGACAGGAAUGGAAGACCGCUGGGUCCGAUGGCGUGUGGGCCGAAGCGGACGAGGAGGGCACCGCCCGCAUAG